GGAGCGGCUGCAGGCGCUGUUCAGAUCGCUGAUACAGCGUUGCGGCUAAGUCGGAAGGCUUAUGGAUUCCUUUGCGAGAUCAAGGAUGCCAAAAAGGAUAUCGUUGCGUUGCGAGAUGCACUUCGAGACGCAGAGUCGAACAUUCGAAGCCUCCGGAACUACAUCGACGAGUUCGCGAAAUCCAAGAAUGCGACUGUAGAGUUCGAAAUCCUCCCCGAAACUAUCACUAGAGCCAUCCAAGGCUUUCGGGAUGACAUGGACAUUCUGAAGGGCAUCUUACCU